GCUUAUGGAGUGAUGGUGUGAGUAUGUCAUGGGGUUGGGAUGCACUUAUCUGUGGAGCACUGUUUAAUGGAGGUGCUGAGGGGCAAACCUUUGUGCUAGGAAGAAGCAGCUGAAGAGGUUUGGAUACAGCAGCACCGAAGCAGAUGCAGAGACCAUCGUGACAUCCACAGUGCUGAGGCGUUCUUUUGUGUUGAGGAUGGACUUGGUUGGCUCGUCUUCUGAAAGCUAGCUGAUGAAGAGACACCAGCCUGGUGACAGCAGGACAUUCCCAGAGGGCGAGGUGGCCUUCCUUGACUCCCAACGUGGAUUCUGAUGCCCGGAUGUCCUGUCCCAGAGAUAAGUGGAGGGCUUGGGGCACAGAGGGGAUGAAAAUGGGGUGCUGGGUUGGGACUUGCCAGAGGGAUUUGAGUCAGGUUUGGAUAGGGGGAUGUCCAAGAUGUGACCCCUUAGGCCACAUCAAGGGCAUCUCUCCCAGCACUGAAGUGCGCAGGGCCGAGCAGUCCCGAUGUGUGUCGUGGUGUGUCUCAUGUGGCAGGUCUUUUGCCUUAGCCCUUUGAGGGGCCUAUCAAAAACACCAGGCGUUGUUCUUAGCAUCUCCCUGUUCCUUGGCCAGGUGCUGAUACCUUUGAGCCACUGGUUUGGACUUACAUCUGAAUUGCAGCUCUUCAGAAGCGUCCAGUCCAAUGUCUUCUCAGGCCUUGUUCUGAGCUGUAUCGACAGCUGUCCACUGCCGUGAUCCAUUAUGGUGGGUUAGGACUUGUCCAAAUGCAAAGAUAGAGGAUUCUGACCGUAGGACUCUUGGGCAUCCAUCUUUGUGGCUCUUGGAAUGAGUCCUCUUGUUAGCAUUUUCUUCCUGCAGGGUUCUGUGAGCCUGGCCAGCUCACCCUUGGUCUUACCUUGGUCAUCUCAUUCAGAGUCCUCACUGUCAUUCUUCUUGCCAAGAGUUUUCUCUCCCUGUUGUAUCCCCUUGUUUGUUGUCUCCUGUGUCACAGGUGCCAGUGAGUGUUUGGCCUGGAGCUGCUCUGCCCUGCUGCCUAGCUGGCUGUAGGGGUAAUAGGACAAGCCCCAGGGGCCUGAAAUGGGUGGUGUAGGGGGGAGUUGGACUGUAGAGGGUAGAGGGCCUUCCUAGGUUGCCACCAGAUGCCUGCAGCUGUCAGGUUAUGCUGCAGCGCUUUGACAUUUUUCCCUAGCUUCCUUUCAGGUGCAGAUGGAUUGAGCCCGUUGCAGAGCGCCCCUCCCUGAAGCGGAAGUGAAGCUGGAUAGCGGCAGUCAAGGUGAUGUGAGCAAGGUGGUCCCCUCCCAUUACGCCGAGUUCCCCUCACCAACCAGAUGAUGGAUCCGCUUUGCCCGUCUCGUGAGUCCUCUGGGGAGCAGCACAGAACUGUGAUGAAGCCUUGCUCUUCUCUGUUUGAAGAGGCCAGCUACAGCACAAAAGUCAAAUGUUAUUGUAAAGUUGAAGGAACGAACACAAGUUUCUUGUCAUCUGACCCUGAAGUGGGCGUCUGUAUUUCAUACAACUGAAAUGACUGGUUAAAUCUGGAGACUUCUGAGCACGAGAGAACUAAAGAAUUACCUUAAAGUUUGGUUGGUCUUAUUUUUAAUCUGGAACUCGAAAUUGUAAAUAAACUGUGAUGGGCUGUUGUGCUUCUCUUCUUUGGACUCUAAAAGAUGGAACUAACUGGGAACAAAAUGAAGAACUACCUCGUCUGCCAGGAAGAGACCAGGGUUACAAGUAUGAAGCUCUAUGGCUGCACGAUGCAGUGAUGUUCAGCACUCUGGGACACACUUGUAUCUUACUGAAUUGUGAGGUUUGGGCUGGGGCUAAAGUCUUUUAAGAAACACGGCAUUGUUUACAGACAAGGAUGUUGCGUAUGUGUGUCCAUUUAAUGGCCCCAUUAAAGGACAAGGGUACGUCACAAACUGCAGGCUGUACCUGAGGAGUGUGGAAAAUAGCUUUGCAGAGGGCAGAAAGGCUCUAAAACCACCUGAAUCUCGGAGAAAAAAACCAAGAACUGGCGUCCCUGAGUGGCCUCCUCUAAAGGGGCAGCAAAAGGGUCACAGUGAACCCUCUGCAGUGAGCAUCGCAAGCUCCCAAGAAGAUCAAAAGCCAAACAGUCCGCUCCGGAGAAGAACGUUUCUGGCCAGAGCAGCUCAUCUCAAAUUCGUCCCAGACCAACAGAUCUCCAAGGGCCCUGGAAUCCGUCACCCUGAAACCUCCUGGACAGCGAUCAGAGGACACCUCUGAGACGAAUUUGACCACAGCUGCACACAAGCCUUUGUGCUUUGGCAGCUGGGGGAGGAUAUGAAGGUGAAGAUGCACAUCCCAAUGCAGAACUUUUCUUCUGGGACCUUCACAAUAAUCAUGUCAUGUGGGAAUCUUUGAAGAAGCUGAAGGACAUUGUUUAUCCUAAUGUGGAAGAAUCACAUUGGUUGUCAAGUCUGGAAUCAACCCAUGGGUUAGAACAUAUCAAGCUGGUGCUGACGGGAGCCAUUCAGGUGCCAGACGAGGUGUCCUCGGGCUGGAGCUCGGCGCCGGUUCACUGCGGCGCCGGCUGGGACCGCACGGCGCAGCUCACCUCCCUGGCCGUGCUUGUGCUGGACGGCUACUACAGAACCGUUGAAGGCUUUGAAGUUCUGGUGCAAAAAGAGUGGAUAAGCUUUGGACACACGUUUUCAUCGGGGAGAGGGAGACUGAUGCCUUCUGAUAAUGGCCCAGCCAUUCAAACCAGAUUGAAAAUGGAGUUGCUGAGAUAAGUUUUAAGAGUAAGAAAGCAGCAAGUUCUCUAGGGUAUGACAGUCUGUGAGCACUGGACGGGUCCUAUUUCUAUAUUGUGGCAUCAGUGGUGGAGUCUAUGGGGAACUGAAGAGUUUUCCUGGGACGCAGAGUGCUGUCUCCAGCUCUGGGGCCUCCAACAUGAGAAGGACAUGAACCUGCUGAAAUUAUUCCAGAGGAGAAAUAAUGGCUAAAGAACCUCUCCUAUGAAGAAUGCUGCCGUGCAACCCACCUGGGUGCUUGGCACAUCCUAGGUUUUUUUCCCCUCUCUUGUCACAUCAGAACACCCUGGCAUCCUCAGGUCCAGAGGGACUUUGAGAAAAAGGAUUCCCAGUGAGACAAGCAAGCUUCUUCAGGAUCUACAACAAACACCCAGAAGAAGAAAGGAAAGAGCUCGUGGUGUCGGAUCGGACCUGGGAUGCCUCUGUUCCCAAGGAAACUCGCUGACCUGUUUGGGUUGAAGACUUAUGAGCAGAACCCAGUCCUUGGGAAUGGAGGUCUUGGCUCCCGGCCUGCUGAGGGGCCCUUGGCCCAGGAGCCCCGGCAGAGGCAGCUGAGCAGCGCUGUCCCCAGGGUCGAUGCCGAGGAGGACAAGGUGAAGGCCGAGCAUGGCUCAGCCUCACCAAGAGGCCUCCAAUGGAGCCAGGCCAAGGAGAUGGGUCAUUCCACCAGUCCUGGUCCUACCCGUUAUGAAGAACUGAGGGAUGGCUUUGAAAAGCUCCACGCUGUGUUGUACUGGUUGGCUCGAGAGAACCUAGACCAGAAGGACGUAGAGCGUUGGGUGGAGGAGAUCAAGGAAAGGAGACAAAAGAAUAUGUCCUUGCAGCUGCCUCCUCAGACAGCUGACCCUGGGGAUGCAGCUGAAGCAAGCUUUAGCCUACCACCUGUCAAUGGCACAGCUUCCGGUGUGCAGAGAAAACACCCCAGUAGUUCCUUGAAGAAGAAGGUCUUGAGGAAGGAGGACAAUGUGCCCUUACUGUCCAAGACACCCAUCAUCCGUGGGGAUGGCAGCUUCCCACGCAAGCUGCCAUCAGUGACCUCGCAGACGGCCACGGGUGCCGAGCGCCCAGAGGAGCCGCUCCGUGGGCAUGGGCAGAAGGGCACAGCCUCUUCUGAUCCACAGCAGUCCUUGCUCCAGGCACUCUCCCUGCUCAGCAGUGAUGACUGGGAGCUGAAGGAGAAGGGACUCCUCAGCAUCAAACACCUGGCUGGGUCCCAUUCGGAAGUCCUGCUUUGUCGACUUCAUGACGUUUGCUGGGCAGUUUCCAGCGAGGUGACCAACCUCCGCUCAAAGGUGUCCUACUCUGCAAUCGUCGCUCUGGGAGAGCUCUUUGCAGCCUUCAAGAAGGACAUGGACUCUGAGGUGGAUGAGGUGUCUCGGGUCCUUCUUCAGGUGGUGUGGAACUCCCCAGAGUUUGUUCAGGAAGCAGCCACUCAGACCCUGGGGAUCAUGGUGGCCAAUGUGACUCCUGCACGAGCAAUGACUGCUCUCAUGGACAGGGGAGUCAAGAGCCGCCAAGCCCAGGUGCGGAAGUGUGCGGCCAAACUCCUCCUGUCCUUGAUGGAGAAAAUCGGAGUCACGGAGCUCGCAGACACACCCAGGGCUGAGAGGCUGGCACACGUGGCAGGGAAGCUUGCUCAGGACUGUGACAAGGAUACAAGGCAUUACGGCCAGGAGAUGGUGAAGAUGUUUCUGAGUCAUCAAAAACUUAAAUGGCUUUUUGAACAAUCCGUUUCCACUCGUGACCUGGAAGAUAUUAUGACAAGAAUUAGGAAGAAAGGGAUGGAAAACCAGGAGGGUGAAAAGCCAUCUGUCAAGAAGCUGGAGAAGAGGAAUGAUGACUCGAAGAAGCCCCAGGCCACAUUGCCUUUGAGUAAACGGUACUGA